GAGAAGAGGCGUUGAGAGGGGCUGCGGCGCCGCUGGGGAUCAGCCGCUGACCAUGGAGCCCCAGAAAAUAACACCAUGCUCAAAGCCUCAUCCACCUGUCGUGGGCAAAGUGACUCAUCACAGCAUUGAAUUAUACUGGGAUUUGGAAAAGAAAGCUAAACGGCAAGGACCUCAGGAGCAGUGGUUUAGGUUCUCAAUCGAAGAAGAAGACCCCAAAGUGCACACUUACGGUAUCAUUUAUACGGGAUAUGCCACAAAGCAUGUUGUUGAAGGUCUGGAACCAAGGACACUGUAUAGAUUUCGACUGAAGGUCACCAGCCCCUCUGGAGAAUAUGAGUACAGCCCCGUCGUCUCGGUAUCCACAACCAGAGAACCCAUAAGUAGUGAGCACUUUCAUCGAGCUGUCAAUGUGAACGAUGAAGAUUUGCUUGUUCGAAUACUUCAAGGAGGCCAUGUUAAGGUUGAUGUUCCCAAUAAGUUUGGCUUUACUGCUCUGAUGGUUGCUGCUCAGAAAGGAUAUAGCAGGCUUGUGAAAAUCCUUGUUUCUAAUGGCACAGAUGUGAAUCUGAAGAAUGGAAGUGGCAAGGACAGUCUAAUGCUUGCGUGCUACGCGGGGCACCUAGAUGUUGUGAAAUAUCUCCGAAGACAUGGUGCUUCAUGGGAGUCCAGAGACCUGGGAGGCUGCACAGCUCUGCACUGGGCUGCAGAUGGAGGCCACUGCAAUGUGAUUGAGUGGAUGAUCAAGGAUGGCUGUGAGGUCGAUGCUGUGGAUACUGGUUCAGGAUGGACUCCACUCAUGAGAGUCUCUGCGGUCUCAGGAAAUCAGAGGGUAGCCUCCCUUCUGAUUGAGGCUGGUGCCAACGUGAACGUGAAGGACAAAGAUGGAAAGACACCUCUCAUGGUGGCCGUGUUAAAUAAUCAUGAAGAGUUAGUUCAGUUACUUCUUGACAAAGGGGCAGAUGCAAGUGUAAAAAAUGAGUUUGGCAAAGGUGUCCUAGAAAUGGCCAGAGUUUUUGACAGACAGAAUGUAGUCUCCUUAUUAGAAGAAAGAAUAAAAAAGCAAAUGCCAAAGAAGUCUUCCGUCCACUGAAUCGGAGCGCCACUUCUUCACGGAAUCCAAGUAAAACAAAUCAAAACAUGACUGUUGAACGAGAGAUAUGAAAUUCCACAUUGUUGAGGGCUAUACAUUUAUUUAUCUAGUUGAAGAUUCACAGUGGCUUUUUUGUAACAUGCCGCUGUUC